AUGCUCCCCUUAGCUUCCCUAGUAUUUCUCCUCACGUCCGUCCGGGCUGUCCCAGAAGCAUUCUCGCCUCAUCCUUCGUCGCAGGCUGUGCUCUCCUCCAACGAUGUACAUCAUGACCUCCAGGAGAUACCAAAGUCGUUUGACUUUUGUCCUCCGGUCGACCGCAUUCCGCACCAGUUCCCUUACAUAGGGCCGGACUAUAGAUGGUCGGACAAGACGGUGUUGGACGUCCUCGCGUCUCUCGAGCAGACUCGUUCCUUUGCCGAUGCGGUGCGGCCGUUCGACGACUUGGUCUCGCGACUGAGUGACCCGGACGUGAACACUACCGUCUGGGCUGCGGCCGUUGCGGCCGACUCGGCCAUCCCUGAGUGGUGUCAAGGCCAAGCCAUCCGUGAGUGUCUGGCGUACCAUAUCUCUCCUCACUGGGUGCCGACAAUUAGGGAGUUGUCCAUGCCAAACACGCCGACGCUGUUGCGGCCCAGCACAUUGAAUGGCGAGGCACGAAUCCACAUCAGCUUGUCCGUACUGGAUCGUGCCACAGGGGAAGUCGCCCUGAUGGUCAAUCGACACUCUCGAGUCGUCCAACACGACAUCAUGGCCCGCAACGGGGUCGUCCAUGUCGUGGACUCGUACUUUCCGCCGCUGGUGCCCAUGAUGACGUUCAUCGACUCCUCCCUCACAAACGAAGGGGGCUACAGCCUGAUCCGCCGGGCGGUACAGCACGCCGACUUUGCGGGAGAACUGGAACGGGCACAGCUCUACGGGGCGACGUUCUUUGUCCCCGAUGAUGCAGCCUUUGGCGAACUCGACCCGCCAUAUUUGGAGUUCUUGUUCCGUGACGAGGGAAGGGAUGUCCUCAAGACACUUCUCAGGGGUCACUUGGUGCCGAAUCGGACGUUGUUCUCCAAUGCGUUCUACGACGCAGACAGAGCAGCAGCAGCGUCAUCCAAAACUUCCAACUCGAUGGAGACACAUUCUCGGGCCAAAGAUGCUGACGUCAAGGGAUCGUGGUACUCGUAUCAAGUCAGCCCUUCUCGCAAUAGCUCUGAGGUCCAGUCCCGGUCCCAGUCCCAGUCCCAACCGGGUUGCUACAGGGUGCCCUGGGGCCAUCGCCAGUUUCUUCUGGAAACGCUGCGACCCAGUGAGGAACUGACGGUCGACAUUGCCAGAGCUGGGGGGUUCAUGGAUCUCCGGGUACGAGGAUCAGCGGGGAAUGGCGGCGCGCGAGCCAGGGCCAAGGUCAAGACCGCCGACUUUCUCUGCAGUGACGGCGUUGUGCAUGUAGUGGAUAGAGUAGUUCUUUGA